CGUGUCUCGUCUCUUGUGGCUCCGCCCAGCAGCUCCACUCAUGUUAUGAAAGCGGAGCAGCGGGUGUGACAUAAGCGGGGUCCUUCAGCUACAAGCUUAGAAAUCGAUCCACUGUCAACAAUGCUUCGUGUCACCACUGCCUCCCUGUGCACCUACUGUCAGAGGAUAAGGCUGCUCCUCCCUCCCUCUACCUCCGCCACCACACUGACUUCUCCCAACAGAAGACUAGAGAACCAGCACACUGUGGACUCCCUGUAUGAGCUGUCAGUGGACAUCCGGAAGGUGCGCAAGCUCAAGGCCUGGGUCCUGUCCGAGAGCUCUGCGUAUGUGUCUGAAACUGCUGAUCUGCUGAGGGACAUGGGAGCAGACACGACAGUCAUCGCCCGGAUCCUGGAAACUCACCCCGAGGCUGUCCUGUGUCGGCCGGAGGAUGUGGCCGCCCAGAGAGACCUUUGGGUGUCUGUGUGCCCCAACAAGCGUGAGCUGAUGAACAUUAUUGAGAAGUUCCCAGCCUCCUUCUUUACGGUAACUCACCAUAGCAACCAGCGGGCCAACAUCCUCUACCUCCAGAGCCUUCGCCUCAGCAAGCGGAUCAUCGGUAAACUGAUGGCCAGCGCCCCGCAGAGCUUCAGUCAACCUGUGGAGCGCAACCAGGAGGUCAUUCACACGCUGAGAGAGACCUACCUGGAUCUCGGUGGCGAUGAGGGCAACCUGCGGAUUUGGCUGCAGAAGCUCCUCAGCCAGAACCCGUACAUCCUGCUGCGGCCUGCUGAGGCCUGGAGGGACAGUCUGGGUUUCCUUAGGGAGCAGGGCUUCACCACAGAGGAGCUCCUCAGCCUGGUCUCCAGCCUCAGAGCCUCCAUCGCAGAGCUGCAGCCUGAAGCCAUGCAGCAUGCGAUGGCCUACAUUGAGAGCGCUCUCACCUGCUCCAAGGACGAACUCAAGGAAAUAGUGAUCCGCUGCCCGGCCAUUUUGUACUACUCUUUGCCCACCCUGACGGAGCGGUUCCAGGGGUUGAUGGACAUUGGCUUGAGCAUGGAGCAGGUGAAGGAAUCUCCAAAUAUCCUGGAGCUCACCACACAAAUCGUGCUCUACCGUAUCCAGAAGCUGGCUUCCUACGGGUACGACGUACGCUCUGGCAGCUUGGACGUUAUCGUGGGAACCAAGAAGGACUUUGAGAUGAGUUACAGCAAGCUGCACCUCAGACAGCAAAGGCCACUUUUCAACCCUGUAGCUCCCCUCCGAUCUGCUGAGGAGUGAACGUUAAAACGUGUUGAUAUUCUACUUGACACUAAUAUAUGGUGGGGUGGCGCGGGGGGCUGCUGUGAAUGUUAUUUACUCUUGAAUUCACCUUUGUGCAAAAUGCAUGAAGGGAGGCAGUUAUCAAACCUCCAGCAAUACUUGUAGUAUUGAGAUAAAACAAACAUGUUUCGGCCUGUGGCCUUCAUCAAGGUUUUUGGAUUUGAUUCUGAGGAAAAAUUAACACUGUGUAUACUGUCAUACAGUGAAAUAGGGAUGUAUGGAAAUGAGUGCCAAUCAUUGCCUGUCUAUCUUAUAAAUGAAGAUGUAGAAAAACCUAA